ACUAUAUAUAACCCACUUCCGCUCUCUCUUGAUUAACUCUUGCGACUUGAAAACCCUAACUCGUAGCUUCCUCUCACCGAUUCUCGGGCAGUUCCGAUUCUUACGACUUGGAAAUGAAGGUUAUCGCUGCGUUUUUGCUCGCCGUUCUCGGAGGCAAGGCUAGCCCUUCUGCCGCUGAUAUCAAGGACAUUCUUGGAUCAGUUGGUGCCGAGGUUGACGAGGAGAGCAUUGAGCUUCUUCUAAAAGAAGUUAGUGGAAAAGACAUCACCGAACUGAUUGCUUCGGGUAGGGAGAAGUUAGCUUCUGUUCCUUCUGGCGGUGGUGGGGCGGGUGGA